UUGAACAUUAGCGGUGUAACCGAAGAAGACAUAAAAUUAAAAAUUAAAAAUAACAUCCCAGAGCAGCAGUCACAGGUGACAGAAUACGAAAACACAGAGAAGAGUCAGGAAACUCCUCAAGCAAAAGAUAGCGGACAUUCUCAGACCUCAAAAGAUGAACAGCCUCUCGCGAAUAUAACUCAAGCGCCGAGAAACCGGAAAAGAUGCAGUGAUACACCAAUAGACAAGACUAUAAAGCAGUUGAAAAUCAUUAGCGAUGAUGCUAAAAAUAACACCGAAGAUGAAUUUGACUUAUUCUGUAGAAGUUUGGCUGUGCAGUUAAAGCGAAUGCCACUACAUCGAGCUUUGAUUUGUCAACAGAAAUUACAAGAAGUUCUAACGCUUCCACCCUCUCUCAUAAUAAUAAAUGUAUAA